AUGCUACAUAGGCAUCAUAAAUUCUUUUUAAUAGCAUUGUUGGAGCCUUUCCAGCAAUCUAGACACAUUGAGCAAUAUAAGAGAAAGCUUCACAUGCAGUCUGCAGUUGCUAAUUGCAAUGGGAAAAUCUGGAUUUUGGUUGCAGAUAACAUUGAGGUGGAAGUGGUACGUGACACCAGUCAACAAGUGACUUUGAAACUAUUCUUUCAUGAGUUUAAUCAGGCUAUUGUUACUUCUAUUGUAUAUACUAAGUGUGAUGCUUCAGAUAGAUUGGAAUUGUGGUACAGUAUUUACAACCUUGCCAAUACAGUCACUAUACCAUGGAUGGUUAGCGGGGAUUUCAAUGCUAUUUUGAAUCAAGAAGAAAAAAUUAGUGGUUUGCCUGUUAACAAGAAUAAUGCUGAAGACUUUGCCUUUUGUAUUAACUCUUGUGAAUUACAGGAGGUUAAUUUCAAGGGUAGUCCUUUUACUUGGUGGAAUGGAAGAGCUGAUAAUGAAUGCAUCUUUGAAAGACUAGAAAGAAUGCUGAUCAACUCUCAGUUUUUGAACUGGUUUGGUCAUAUUGAAGUUGAGCAUUUGGCUAGGAUAGGGUCUGAUCAUGCACCGCUUCUGUGUUCUUAUGGGGAAGUAGCCAAUAAUAUCCCUAGACUUUUCAAGUUUCAUAAUUUCUUGACAGAUCAUGAAUCUUUCCUUGAUACUGUCAAGCAGAAUUGGAUCUCCUAUGAGCAUCUUGACCCUUUUAUUAGUUUUAAAAUCAAUCUUAAAAGGUUAAAGGGUGUUUUGUCAAGAUGGAGUAGGGAAGUUUAUGGUGAUGACAUAUUCAAGCAGUUGGUCAUCGGAGAGGAGAUUGUCAGAAUGAAGGAAGAACUAUUUGAAGAAGUUCCUUCACCUUCUAAUAGGUGUGUUCUCCAGUGUGCUCACACUGAAUAUAAAAGAUAUUUGAAUUUUGAGGAGGAAUAUUGGAAGCAAAAAGUAGGUGUAGAUUGGUUUGAUGAAGGUGACAGGAAUACCAGAUUCUUUCAUAAUCUAGUCAAGGGUAGAAGGAAAAAGUUGAUGAUUAACAGGAUUCAAGAAAGUGAUGGUGCCUGGUUAGAGGAUGAAACUCAAAUGGCUGCUGAGGCUAUUAAGUUUUAUCAGACUGAAUUUUCAUAG